AUGAUACCCAGAGCGCCCGCCCGCCGUCUCCUCCGGGACAUCGUCCCCGCGCACCGCAUCGCACCGCGACCCUUCCUCCGACCCUUUACCUCAACGCCCUCCUCCCGCCUGCAAGCGCAGCGCCCGCCGCCGCCGCCUCCGACCGCGCAAUCACCCCUCCAAACCCAACAACAACAGGCCGCCGCCAACGCAACCCUCUCGAACCUAUCCCACCUCACCCCGGCACAAAUCACAGCCCUCCUCUCGACGACACCACCAUCAACACCACCAGGAGGAGCAGGAGGCAUCCCCGGGGCCCCGAUCCCCCCUCCCGGUUCACCAGCCGGAGCAGCAGCAGCAGGCCCCGGCGUCGGCCCCUCCCGCCGCUCAAUCCUCCUCCGCCGCACCCUCUGGGCCCUCUUCUUCUUCGCCCUAGGCUACAAGCUCACCGACGACCAAAUCGCAAACAUACGCUUCACGGCCCCCUUUCUCUACCCGCCCGUCGAAGCAGACGAGCAGCAGAUCCCCCUCUUCCGCGCCCACGCCACCUUCCAAGCCAUCGAGGACUACCCCAUCCUCCAGUCCCUCGUCCCCACCAUGCCCCCCGGCAGCGCCCCCGUCCCCGGCGGCGUCGCGACGCCGCAACUGCCCCUAUCGGACUGGGAGAACUGGGAACCCUACCAAGACUUCUCCCCCGAGCGCACGGCGCACCACCUCUGCGCGGGCCCCGCGCUGAAUAACCCCAACGGCCUGGGCCUCGUCAACAUCGUGUUCAGGCACAAGUACACGGGCGAACUCAUCCUCGCCAUCAUGUUCGGGCAGGGAACGUCGGGGUGGCCGUCCGUGGUGCACGGCGGGAUGUUGUCGACCAUCAUGGACGAGGCCAUGGGCCGCCUCGCGGCGCUGAAUUUCACUGCCAACACGGCUGUUACGGCCAAGUUGGCCAUGGAUUUCAAGGUGCCUGUCACGCCGGGCAUGCUUUACAUUGUUCGUGUGGGGAAGGCGCUGCCUGAGUGGCAGAAGGAGAGGCCUGAUGAGGAGGACAAGACGGAUCGCAAGUUGUGGAUUAUCGGGCGGAUGGAGGAUCCGGAUGGGGCUACUGUAGUUGAGGCAAAGGGGCUUUUUGUGGUGCCCAAGGGGAUUGAGGUGCAGCCUCUUGGUGGGAGGUUCUGA